GCAGCCGGGCGGCGAUGGCGGCGCCCUGGCUGGUGCUCCUGCUGCUGGCGGCGCCGGGCGCGGUCCAGGGGAGCGGCUGCCGGGCCGGGGCUCGGGGGGCUGCGGCGGAAGGCUGUGGGCCCACGGGGCUGCUGCUGGAGCACUCCUUUGAGACGGAUGACAGCGUCCACUUCCGGAAACGGGGCUCUCUGACGUGGAACGUGCAGGACGGGACAAUCACCUUGACCCAGAGGCAGCUGACGGAGGAUGAGCGGGGCAGGCUUCGGGACGUGGCAGCUCUGAACGGCCUGUACAGAGUCAGGGUCCCCCGGAAGCCGGGGGCUGCUGAAGGACUGGCGGCAGCCGGCCACGUCUCCUCCUUCGUCCCUGCGUGUUCUUUGGUGGAAUCCCACCUCUCCGACCGGCUGACCCUGCACGUGGACGUGGCCGGCAACGUGGUGGGCCUGUCGGUGGUGACGGAGCCCGGGGGCUGCCGGGGCCACGAGGUGGAAGAUGUGGAUUUGGAGCUGUUCAACACCACGGUCCAGCUACAGCCGCCCCUCACUGCCCCGGGGUGAGGGCCCACCUCCCCUC